AUGGGCAGUGGCAGGAAGGCGGAGCUGGUGUUACCUUUCCAUUGGGAGGAAUAUAGAGAGCCUGCUCAGUGUUUCGAGGUGCUGACGCAGGCUCGGAGGUCUAUGGCUGAUCCUCUGGUUGCUAGGUGCCUUUACUCUGGCAAAGGUUAUAUGAUUCCUUUGAAUCAAUGCAUGAGCUACUCUGAGUUAAUUCAUAGGCUAGAGUGUGUCGAUAUUUCAGUUUUAAAGAUUGGGGGAGGUUGUAGGAGAAACUGUUCGGUGGAUAGUGGUUCGGAACUUAUUGAUGAAGAUGAUUAUUUGGGUGAUGCAUUCAGGACUGAAGUUCACAAGACGUAUUUGUCUGAUGAGUGGAGUUCUUAUAUUCAUAAUGUCGGGGAUAAGUUUCAUGGGGCUGCUGAGCUCCGUGAAAAGCUCAGGAAGUAUGCAAUUGCAGUUGGUUUCGAGUUUGUAUUCCUGAGAAAUAAUUUGGACCGUAUUCAUGCAGUCUGUGCAAAUGUUGGAACUGAAGGGUGUGAUUGGCAACUUCAUGCUUUUUCAUCAUCUGCCAAUGGUUGCCUUUAUAUCACAGAGUUGAAUAAUACUCACACUUGCAAGGGUGUAGUGAGGACUCAAAAACACAAGCUUUUGGGAUCCAAGGUUGUCAAGACUUGCAUUGCUGCUGAUGUUAGCUUUAAUCUUUCAUUGAAGCCAAGGGAGAUUAUGAGCAAGUUCAAAUCAACAUAUGGGUUUGAUAUUUCAUACAAGGUUGCCUUGAAAGCAAAGCAUCGGGCCAAGGAAGCGAUUUAUAGUUCUGAUGCAGACACGUUCAGCAAGUUAUCUUGGUAUAAGGAAGCUGUUUUUCAGAGUAACCCCGGCUCUUCUUUUGUGUUGGAGGUUGAACCAUCUACAAAUCAUUUUCAGAGGCUUUUCGUAGCUUACGGAGGUUGUGUAGAAGGCUUCCAAUUCUGUUUGCCCGUGUUGUAUGUUGAUGGAACGUUUGGUAAAAGCAUUUACAAGGGGCAGAUUCUGUCUGCAACUGGAAGGAAUGGGAAUCAAGGUUUCUAUCCUCUAGCCAUAUGUUUUUGUGAUUUUGAGACAGAUGCAAACUGGACAUUCUUUUUCAAGCAUUUGAAGAGUCUGCUUGAACCUCAAGGAAGAGUUAUCACAUUUAUUAGUGAUCGGGGUGUUGGAUUGUUAAGCGCUUUCGAUAAGGUAUUUGCUGGUAAUCCUCAUCUGUUUUGUUACAAGCACUUGGUGGCGAACCUUGCCAGUAAAUAUAGGGGUAAAGUUGGAGGUGCCGAUAUUAUUGACCCUUUUCUUUCUGAAUUGCCUGUGGAAAAUUGGUGCCGUGCAUUUUAUACCUGCUGCCGAUAUGGAAUUAUGGCUAAUGGGAUUGCUGAAUCAUUUAACUCUUGGAUUGCAAUUGAGCGUUUGAUGCCAGUCUAUUGUAUGCUGGACCAGACAAGAAUUAAACAAAUGGAGAUGGCGGGUAAAAGGAGGGAAGAGGCAGAACGUUGGACCACAGAACUAACUCCCAAAAUGGAGGAAAGGUUAAAGGUGCAGAUGGAGAAAUCUCGUCGUUUCAGUGUCCAUUAUUCAAGUCCUGGAGUUUAUGAGGUUCGAUCUGAAUUUUCAUAUGUAGUCAACAUUUCCGAUCAUGCAUGUUCAUGUGUUAAAUGGCAGAUCAAUUGUUUUCCUUGUCCUCACGGCCUUGUUGCAUUACAAGCUGCUUCUGAAAAUGUAUAUGAUUAUAUUGAUAAGUACUUUCAUGUUGGUAUGUUCAAGAAGAGCUACAGUUUUCCUAUCCAUCCGAUAACCAAUGUCGAUAUGUCUUCUUCAGAUUCUGCUUCUGAAUGUAUAUUACCUCCCCUUGCGAAGAGGCCCCCCGGGAGGCCUAGGGUGAAGCGGUUCAAGUCGGUUGGAGAGGUUGAAAAGAAGCAGAUUCGUUGUGGUCGUUGUGGCAAAAUGGGCACUCAUAACAAGUUGAGCUGCACUGAACCUCUCGUUCAGCAGUAG